AUGAAGGAAGGUGAUGAGUGGAAAACCGCCUUUAAAACCAAGCAUGGUCUAUAUGAGUGGCUUGUGAUGCCAUUUGGCUUGACCAAUGCGCCAAGUACUUUCAUGCGGUUGAUGAAUCAUGUCCUUAGAGAAGGUCGCAGCUAUCCGGGAUGGCCUAGUCCUAAGACCGUUGGAGAGGUCAGGAGCUUUCAUGGCUUGGCCGGAUUCUAUCGGCGGUUUGUUAAGGAUUUUAGCACCAUAGCCGCGCCAAUGACUGAGAUUAUCAAGAAGGAAGUUGGUUUCAAGUGGGAGAAGGCACAGGAGGAAGCAUUUCAGACUCUUAAGGAUCGACUUACUAAUGCACCUGUUCUUAUGUUGCCUGACUUUCUUAAAACUUUUGAAAUUGAGUGUGAUGCCUCAGGAAUCGGAAUAGGAGCUGUUCUCAUGCAAGACAAGAAGCCGAUUGCCUACUUCAGUGAGAAACUUGGAGGAGCCACUCUCAAUUACCCAACUUAUGACAAGGAGCUCUAUGCCUGGUCCGAGCCUUACAAACUUGGCAGCACUUAUCUUUGGCCCAAGGAGUUUGUUAUCACACUGAUCAUGAAUCACUCAAGCACUUCAAAGGCCAACAGAAGCUCAACAAGAGGCAUGCUCGCUGGGCCGAGUUCAUAG